UCGCUCGCGCUCUCCUCUCACGCACACACACACACACACACACACACCCCUACUCCGCCCCAACCCACCUCUCCGGCUCGCUCUCCGGCUCUCGGCGCGGCGGCGGGGGCACCCCGCGGGGUACCGUCGCCCUCCCGGGGGCGGCCGGGCGGGAUGUGGCGCCUGGUGCCCCCGAAGCUCGGCCGCCUGUCCCGCUCGCUCAAGCUGGCGGCGCUGGGCAGCCUGUUGGUGCUGAUGGUGCUGCACUCGCCGUCUCUGCUCGCCUCCUGGCAGCGCAACGAACUCACCGACCGGCGCUUCCUGCAGCUCAAUAAGUGUCCGGCGUGCUUCGGCACGAGCUGGUGCCGCCGCUUCCUCAACGGGCAGGUGGUGUUCGAGGCGUGGGGCCGCCUGCGCCUGCUGGACUUCCUCAACGUGAAGAACGUCUACUUCGCUCAGUACGGCGAGCCCCGCGAGGGCGGCCGCCGCCGAGUGGUGCUCAAGCGCCUGGGCUCGCAGCGCGAGCUGGCGCAGCUCGACCAGAGCAUCUGCAAGCGGGCCACCGGGCGGCCCCGCUGCGACCUGCUCCAGGCCAUGCCCCGCACCGAGUUCGCGCGCCUCAACGGCGACGUGCGCCUGCUCACGCCCGAGGCGGUGGAGGGCUGGUCGGACUUGGUGCACUGCCCCUCGCAGCGCCUGCUCGACCGCCUGGUGCGCCGCUACGCCGAGACCAAGGACUCGGGCAGCUUCCUGCUGCGCAACCUCAAGGACUCGGAGCGCAUGCAGCUGCUGCUCACCCUGGCCUUCAACCCCGAGCCGCUGGUGCUACAGAGUUUUCCAUCUGAUGAAGGUUGGCCGUUUGCGAAGUACCUUGGAGCUUGCGGAAGAAUGGUGGCUGUGAAUUAUGUUGGAGAAGAAUUGUGGAGUUACUUUAAUGCACCAUGGGAAAAAAGAGUUGAUCUUGCUUGGCAGUUAAUGGAAAUAGCAGAGCAGCUCACAAACAAUGACUUUGAAUUUGCACUCUACCUCCUGGACGUCAGCUUUGACAAUUUUGCAGUUGGUCCUAGAGACGGGAAGGUCAUCAUUGUGGAUGCUGAAAAUGUUUUGGUUGCGGACAAAAGGUUAAUUAGACAAAAUAAACCUGAAAAUUGGGAUGUGUGGUAUGAAAGCAAAUUUGAUGACUGUGAUAAAGAAGCUUGUCUCUCGUUUUCAAAAGAAAUCCUCUGUGCUCGCGCCACUGUGGACCACAAUUACUAUGCUGUCUGUCAGAACCUGCUGUCCAGACAUGCCACCUGGCGUGGCACUUCUGGAGGGCUCCUUCAUGACCCACCAAGCGAAAUUGCCAAAGAUGGCCGGCUCGAGGCCUUGCUGGAUGAGUGUGCCAACCCAAAGAAGCGCUACGGCCGAUUCCAGGCUGCGAAGGAACUGCGUGAAUAUUUAGCACAACUGAGUAACAACGUGAGGUAGUCCAUGGCGAACCCCCGUUUCUCCAUUUACGUAGCACUGGCUAAAACUAAACCACCAAAAACUGGAAACACAGGAUUUGGAAGUGUUACAUCCAGAGGGUCAUAGACUUGCACUGAUUUCACGUUCACAUCCAUCACAGCGAGACGUUACUGUUCUUCAGCAAUCCUAUGAUGCUUUUGCAAAUAAGUGUGUUCUACUUCGGAGACUUGAGGUAUCGUGGACUGCUUUGCCUGCCCUGUCCCCUAACGCCCGAAUGGAGUAAUGAGUCUUGUGAUGCUAUUGGCAAUGAGUCUGAUAGUUAAAUUGGCUUGUGUAUCAAAGGGUACUUGGUACUUAGUUCGCGUUACUAUCAUGAUUUUGUGAAUCUCUUGCAUUUACUCUGAAUAGCAAGUUGGAUCGGCCUGUUUUAUAGGCCACCUUUUCCUUCUGCCGUGUAGGCUUUUAUU